GGCGAGGAGAGAGCAGGAGGAGGAGGAGGAAGAGGAGGAGGAGGGGAAGAGAUAAGUGAUCUAAAGGGGAGACGAUAGGACAAAAAAAGUGAUGAUGAUGAUGAAUACAUUGGAAAGUUUUUUGGCCCCGGCGAGGGUGUCAGAUUGAAUGGCCUGUGCGCAUGUGCGAAGGUGUCCUAACUGACAAUGCUGGUGAGAUGAAGAUAGUGUUGUUGCUGCUUCUGGGCUCACGGAGGACGACGAGAGGAAUCUACAAGCCGACAAGAUGAGAUCCAAGGCGAGGGCGAGAAAACUGGCCAAAAAUGACAGUGAGCCAGUGGACAGCAUGUACGACACAGAGGCCGACCUCCCCAGUUUAGCGGCCGGCAGUGGCAUUGGCGCUGACAGCCCAGAAGACGACACGGAGGACGGCGUCAACAUGUCCCCCCUGCCCUCACCGACUCCCUCCCAUCCGAACAACAACAACCACCACCACCUGCUGCACCCCCACAUCUACGCCACCCACCACCACCACCACCUCCACAACAACAGCAACAGCAGCAGCAAUGACCAGGACUUCACCACACCCAAGGAGGGCUCGCCGUACGAGGCGCCCGUCUACAUUCCUGACGACAUUCCCAUUCCCAGCGAACUGGAGCUGCGGGAGUCCUCUGUGCCCGGUGCCGGCCUGGGCGUGUGGGCCAAGAGCCACAUUGGUGCCGGCGAGAGGUUUGGUCUGCACAGCACGCUGCACCAUGGGGCCACGGGCAAAGACAGCUCCUUUGGAUGGGAGAUGAUGAAUGACCAUGAAGAAACCUCUUCUGACAGCUGCAUGAAAAAGGUGGUCGAUGACAUGGGAAACGUCAAAUUUGCGCUGGACACAGGCCCGGAUGCCACCGGCCCCAGCUGGCUCAAAUACGUCCGCUGUGCCCCGUCAUUCGAGGAGCAGAACCUCGCAGCCUGUCACCUCACCGGAGACCAGAUUUAUUAUAAAGCGGUGCGGGACAUUGACGCAGGGGAGGAGCUUUUAGUGUAUAUGAAGGACGGUAUUUUCCCCGAGGGAUCCAUGGCACCCAACCUACAAGACGAGCAGAUGUACCGCUGUGAAGACUGUGAUGAGCUGUUCUCCUCAACGCUCGAGCUACGGCGGCACCAGAAGUAUUCGUGCACCAGCGCAGGCUCUAUCUUUGACACACUGAGAGAGGACUUCAAACAGGAGCACGAGGACAGCGACGAGCCCGUCCACGAGUGUAAAGACUGUGAGAAGAUCUUCCCAAAUGAGUACAGUCUGGGCCAACACAUGAUAGUCCACACAGAGGAGAGGGAAUACAAGUGUGACCAGUGUCCAAAAGCCUUUAACUGGAAGUCCAACCUCAUCCGUCACCAGAUGUCACAUGACAGUGGCAAGCGCUUUGAGUGUGAAAACUGUGAUAAGGUACAGCAUACCCGGCACGUGUUCACAGAUCCCAGCAACCUCCAGCGCCACAUCCGCUCCCAGCACGUGGGCGCACGCGCUCACACGUGUCCCGAGUGUGGCAAGACCUUCGCCACCUCGUCAGGCCUCAAGCAGCAUAAGCACAUCCACAGCAGUGUCAAACCCUUUAUCUGCCCUGAUGGGCUGUGUCUUUUUGCUCCCCCAGGCGAAGUGUGCCACAAAUCCUACACCCAGUUCUCUAACCUCUGCCGCCACAAGCGCAUGCAUGCUGACUGCCGCACCCAGAUCAAGUGUAAGGACUGUGGGCAGUUGUUCAGCACUACCUCCUCCCUCAACAAGCACCGUCGCUUCUGUGAGGGCAAAAAUCAUUAUGGCUCUCCUGGAGGGAUGUUCAACCCUGGCAUCCCCAUGAGCUCCAGCCCCAUCAUGGCUAAGGCCAAGUCUCAUCAUCACCACCUUUCAGCUCUUAACCAGUCAGGGUUAGGAUUCACUGACUACUUUCCCUCCCGACCUCACCCUCAUGCUGGCUUGCCCUUCUCCCCAGGACCCCAUGGCUUCCCAUCCCUUCCCCAUGGUUUCCCAGGUAUCUUCCCACCUUCACUGUAUCCCCGACCACCUUUAUUGCCGGCUAGUCCAUUGAUAAAGAACCCGCUGGGGAGCAGCAGUCAGGAGGUGAAGCUUCCUCGGAGUCCCCUACAUUUACCUCCAAUGUCCCUGGUUAGCUCGACAAACAGCAAUGGAGGCAACAGUUUGAGUCAGAUGGAAGACAAAGAGAAAGAGAACAAACUGGAUUUGUCCUCUAGUGGAGAAGCAAAGUCAAAAUCUAAGAUGGCCGACAUGUCGGACGGAAGUGAUCUUGAAGACGUUAAUACCACAAGUGGGACAGAUUUGGACACCACCACUGGUACUGCUUCAGGUGAUGGUUCUGACCUGGAGAGUGACGGCGAGAGUGAACGCGAGCGAAUUGGCAAAAGAAGGAAGCCAUCUGGGACCAUGUCAAGUCAAGAAGUCCACCAGUCAGAAGACACGAACAGUGCGUUGAUAUCAGCCAUGUCUAGUUCGGGGAAUCUCGCGCUUGAUCGUCCAUUUCUCUCUUCUGUAUCAUCCCAUCACUCCUUCUUCCCUCCACCUGAUGAGCAAGCCCUCCUACCCAAUACCAUGCAUGCCAAUGCAGCCACCACAGAUUCCAUCAAAGCCAUUGCUUCUAUUGCGGAGAAAUAUUUUGGUCCAGGUUUGAUUGGUCUUCAUCAGGAGAAGAAGAUGGGUCCAUUGCCUUACCAUUCCAUGUUUCCCUUCCAGUUCCUGCCCAACUUUCACAACUCCCUCUAUCCCUUCAGUGCUGAUCGAGGUGCCCUCAAUCCUAGUAUGUUCUUCAAGGCGGAGCCCAAGUCACCUCGAGAGCAGCUUCAUAAGAUAGUUUCUGGUGCCCCAAGCGCUCCUGCUCCCAAAGUGGAGUCACCAUUCGAUCUCACCACAAAACCCAAGGAGACCAAGUUAUCUCAUCCCAACCCGACAAACCCCUCACACCCCAACAGUAGCACUGGGAGCAGUAGUGGACCUUUAGCGAUAUCCGGCAGUGAAGAACAGCCAUUGGACCUCAGCAUUGGCAGCCGGAGCCGAGGUGGUCAUAAUGGCGUGGCAGCUGAGCCACACAAUCGAAAGAACCACAUGUAUGGAGUCCUAAAGGGGAUCUCCAUCAAGGAUGAAGCACCAGCUGGGUUCCCCCACUCCCAGUCAUUGCACCUAUCCUCCAUCUCCCAGCACCAGCAGCACCAGGCCCAGCCACAUCAGCCACCACCCCUGCACUACGCCAAGCCCUCGGCAUUCUUCAUGGACCCCAUAUACAGCAGGGUGGAAAAGAGGAAGCUACUUGACCCCGUUGGAGCUUUGAAGGAGAAGUUCCUCAGGCCCUCACCGCCGCUCUUCCACCCACAGAUGUCAGCCAUGGAGACCAUGACAGAGAAGCUGGAGAGCUUUGGUGCUCUAAAACUUGAUGCACCGCCCAAUUCACUGCAACACUCAGCUCAUCCACUGUUCAACUUCCGCUCACCACCACCCUCCCUCUCAGAGGCCAUCCUCCGCAAGGGCAAGGAGCGCUACGCCUGCAGGUACUGUGGGAAAAUCUUCCCUCGUUCAGCAAACCUCACCAGACACUUGCGGACACACACAGGGGAACAACCCUACAGGUGUAAAUACUGUGACCGCUCAUUCAGCAUCUCGUCCAAUCUUCAACGCCACGUUCGUAACAUCCACAACAAGGAGAAACCCUUCAAGUGUCACUUGUGCAACCGCUGCUUUGGUCAGCAAACCAACCUCGACCGCCAUCUCAAGAAGCACGAGCACGAGAACAUUCCUGUGAGCCAACAGUCCGGGAUGCUUUCCAACCUAGGAACCACGAUCUCCUCGCCAAACUCCGAGCCAGACAAUCAUGCACUUUUAGACGAGAAGGAGGACUCAUACUUCUCAGAAAUCCGCAACUUUAUUUCCAACAGUGAGAUGAACCAGGCCUCCAGCUCCAUGGACAAGAGAUCAGACCAGGCUGAGGAAGAGCGCCCGCCAAGCCACAGUUUGUCCAACUCCAAGCUCGGGCUCCAGGGGCUGGAGGAAGAGGAGGAGGAAGUGGAAGGCGAUGAUGAGGAGGAGGAGGAAGGCAGCCUGACAGAGAAGUCUCACGACGAGGCGCCUGAGUCGCCGUCCCCCGUCACAACAGGAGUGUAUGAAGAGGAGGAGGAAGAGGAGGAGACGGAGACAGCUCCACUGGCUAUGAGCUAUGAACACACUCGCAGGCUUAUGCAAUGAUGCUGUCUCUCUCGGAGAACAACCCUUUGCACGCGCCCUCCCAGAACUCUCUGGACGCUUGGCUGAGCAUGGGAGGUGGACCGUCUGAGACGAGCAGCUUUCACCCGCUCAACCACAUCUAGACCAGAGAACGAGAGAGAGAGGAGCGGCGGGAGCGAGAGUGGGAGGAACAUUCAGUUUCGUAAAUGGACAGAAACAAGUGACUGAGUGGACGUGGAGGCCCUGAGAAGAAUUCAAUGUCAUAUACAUUCAAAAUAGAAAAAAUGCGUUUGUGUGGAUGUGUGUGUUCCUUUGUGUGUGUGAGUGAGUGUGUGUGUGUGUGUGAGUGGAAAAAGAGAGAGGGGGUUGAGAUUGGCCCUGGGUGAGGGGUCUCACAAGACUCUGUCAUAGAGAAAGCACUGCGAAGCUCCUGUUGAUGUGAAGGACAUGAUGAAUGCUUCUCAACAGCAUUGAAACUCUGACCUCUUACCCGAUCCUCCCCAAGUCCACGAGGCUCACUCCGGCAGAGACGCUGCUCGAGGCUCUCGUAAAGACACUUAACGACUAGUAAGUCUCUAAAGUCUGCUACUACAAGCACUGCAGCAUCAGCACUGCAUUAGCACUGCAUGUCCACAGGGUGGUGCUGUUUCACCGGGAACAUAGUGGGCGCGUGCACUAAUGUCUCCAGGUUCCCCCACCCCCACCACCCCCACCCCACCAAUCAUGGGUGACUCAUUUACUGAUCGUGUUUCAAUUGUACGUGCAGAAUCACCUACAGCACCACACUAAAUGUUACUUGAGGAAAUACAGUUGCAGUAAACUGUUUUGAUUCUUGAUUGAUUUUUAAAUGAUUACGUGGGGAAAUGGCGUUCGAUGUUUAAAUGUGCACAGCAACUGGUGAUUUUAAUGAGCUGUCAUGGGAACACCAGCCACCUAAUUGGUUACCCACUUUGAUCACGUUGAAAAUGAAUUCAAAUCACACUCAAAAAGAAAAACAGAGGAAGUCUCUCUCUGCUUGUUUAUUUCAUCGUCAUUUGUUUUGUUCGAUUUUUAUUUACUUACUUUCCUCUUAGAUACCACAGUAUUGUUUCUUUGUAGGCACCACAGUGCUAAAUUGUUAAUAUAAUUAUUUUUAGAGAAGGACCAAAAUUGUAUGAUAUUGUCAUAUGAUGUACAAAAUAACCUAGAUGUUCAUAGCAAGAGUGGUAUGUGCCAAAUAACCCAUAGAAAAUGUUUUGUUCUCUGACAAUCAUUUCAUGUCCAAGGGGCUUGCAUUUGCUGUCAUAGUUGGUUUCUUUUGUUCUCCUAUUACGCUCUUAUGUAUUUGAUUUCAGAAGUGUGUGUAUGUAUUUAUUUCUGGUUGUUUUAUCAUGACUGGAGGAGUGAAAAUGAAGAAGAGUCAUUUUAUCCCUCUUUUCUCGUUGCUGAAGGAAUGAACGCCGAUCACCACGUGGGGGAGAUUCUGAAUCUCCGCUGCGUUGGAUGCGUUAGUGUGCCAAAAUGGAAAGAACCCCUCAAAAUUAACUGUUUUUAUUUAUAGUGAAAGAUAGCCGUAGUUAAUCAUAGACCCUUUUUGGCAUUGUAACGUCCUGCAGUGUUUUUUUUUCUUGUUUUAGUCAAACCAUUUUAACCCUGAAUAUGGUCUUGUUCAAAUUGGUUGAAGCAUUGGGUGGAGCAGAGUGAGACAACCUUCACUCUGAAUGUCAUGAAUGAAAGACAUUGACACAAUAUUAAAUCUGACGUUAGAAUUUAGUUUAUCCAACAAAAACACUUUUUAAAAAAUCCUCAUCAUGUCCUAUAUUACAUGAAGUCACCCACAGUCACAUCUGCAUGAACAUCUGGUCAUGCAAGAAGGCAGACGAGCUCUCGUGAAACCCCCAAAAAACAGAGAGAGUAGACCAAGCCACAGAUAGUAUUAUAUUUCUGCUGGUCAGCCCCUCCAACACAUGAAAUACAAACUCUGGUUGAGUCUGGACGGGGAAAAACCCAAACGCUCGAUCAUGAGUAUAUUCCCUGUACUUUCUGAGAUCUUACAAAAAAAAAGGAGGCACUGUGCCACGGAGGUCAUGGGUCAUUUACUGUAGAUAAAUGUAGAUAGCUGCGGGAGGCAGGGCCGGGUGGGGGCGAGUGUUGUUGUUGAUUGUUGCCUUGGCCCCAUCCUGCAUUUACUGGGACUUUGAGAACUUGGCCUGAUGCUGUAUUGUCAAACUAGCACUUAAAUCACGUGGGUCCAAGCCAUUCAUUGAUAAAGGCGUACGUCUCUAGAGCUUAGAACACAGAUCAACUCUCUGACUAGAUCCACUUUCAGUAGACGAGCCACUUGUGCUCAACAUGGAGAGAAAGAAAAAAAAAAAACUUUAACGGAAGCACUGUAAUUUUUCUUCACGACAGCAGGUGGCAGUGUGAUGCUAGGACUGCUGCAUCAUCUCAUUUUCCUAUAGACAGGAGUCUUUUUAUAAUUCUGCUGAAUGAGAUCUCAUUCAUGGGAAACACAUAAUGUUUUCCAACAUGUGGUUAUCAAAUGUAAAGACUUGGGUUGCUACGUUUUUUUGGUUGACUAGAUGUAAUAAUUCAUGUCAUGGACUACUGUAAUAAGCACGCGCUGUGUGAAGCAAAGGCAUCGAAGGCAUUGAAGUAUUCCAUUUUGCCAACUUCAGAAAGUAUUCUGGCAGAUGGACGCUGAAAUAUAUUUCAGCAUAAUAGAACAUGGUUGCUGUUUUUCCCCCCACUGUUACAGGAGAAGUAAAAAUAUACAUAUUGUUUCUUUUUGACUGUAUAGUAUUUUAAAGAAUGAAAAACAAUGGUGCAUUCGUCUGAAGAAAAAAAAAUCAAUGAAAAAUAUGGGUUUAAAUGGAUGGUGCUUGUUUUGUUUGGAUCUGAGUUGUAUAUCUCCUCUGUUAUGUUUAUUGAAAACAAACAAAAAAAAAAGAUAUUGUGCAUGACGUGUUUAGCGGUCAUAAUGAUGUCCAUUUGUGAAAUGUGUAUCAAAUCAAAAAAUGAGAAAAAAAAAAGGAAAGAAAAAAAUAAAUCCGUAGAUGCACUUAUUGUACAUGUGGUUAGGUUUAGUAGGUUUGACUUCAAGUUCUCGAACUGCCUUACAGACGUCUGGGCAGGCGGCUCUGAAAGACGGAAGUAAAGACUUGUGGGAGAAGACAUAAUGAAAAACAAUAAAGGAUUGUAGAAUAAUAUUGAACAAUUCUGAAAUUGCAGUUCUUUUGAUGCUUGUGAUUAUUGAAGAUGUACUUUAGAGAAAUUUCAUUGAAAAGAUGACUGAUGAUAAUUCUGUAGAAUAGCGAUGUAUACCAAAUGUAAUCUUUCCAAUGCUAUGAAGAAUUUAUACAUGAAAUUGAUAUGCAAUAAAACCUGUGUGCUUUUUA